AUGCAGUUUCCAAACUUCCUCCUCAGCACCUGUCUUCUACUUGCCUUUUUUGCCGUCAUCGAAGCCUUCCACGACAAAGACGUGGAUAGGUUGCUAAUUAAAUCUGGCAUACGUAAGGGCAAAUUCGAUCUGAAAGAAGCUGAAGAGGGCAAGCAGUUGGUAAGCAAUUUGGAUGAUGGCCUGCGGGGCUUAAUUGUUCUAAUACGCAGAGGUUUCCUCAAAUAUUCCGACAAGAAAUCCUAUCACUUAUAUCUCAACAAUUGGAAGAGAGGUAAAAUUCAAAUACCAAGUCAGCGAGAAGAUUUCCCAUGUCCCUUGAAUAAUACCAGAUCCGUGCAGAGGCCAAUCUCGGUCCACCAACUUAGGCCCGGGGACAUUGAUGUCAUAGCAGCCAUUGGAGAUUCCUUGUCGGCGGGAAAUGGUAUCUAUUCGAAAACGUUUUUAAAUUUGGCCGCCGAAUUUCGUGGCAUGGCCUUUUCGGGUGGCGGAAUGGCCAAUUGGAGAACUGUGCUGACUCUGCCAAAUAUUUUGAAAAUUUUCAAUCCCAAUUUGUAUGGUUUUGCGACGGACAAUGUUUUGGUAAAGGACAAGAAAUCUUAUUUCAAUAUUGCCGAACCCAUGAUAAUGUCGCGGGAUUUGGUAUAUCAGGUGCAGCUCUUGAUAGAACGUCUUAAAGGUGAUCCCAAGGUGGAUAUGAAAAACGAUUGGAAGCUGUUGACAAUUUUUGUGGGCAGCUUGGAUCUGUGUUUCGAUUUAUGUCACAGCAAACAUUUGUGGGAUAAAUUGCGGCAACAUGAAAUUGAUUUAAUUGAUGCCUUUACCUUGCUGCGGGACAAUGUUCCCCGCCUAUUGGUGAAUCUACUGCCUGCUCCCAACAUGGUCACGACGCUGGGCCAAAUGCGUAAUGUCCCACUGCAGUGUAAAGCUGUUCACCUCUUCGGCUGCCGUUGUGUCUUUAGUGCCGCUCACAAUGACACCUCAUUGCGGGUGGCUUCGGAAUAUUUCACCCGAUGGCAAGCCAUUGAUGAAUAUGUCGCCUCACUGCCUGCCUUUCAAACCGAUGACUUUGCCGUCCUCUAUCAGCCGUUUAUGGCAAAUGCAAUGCUGCCCCUCCUACCGAACGGGGAUGUGGAUUUGCGUUUUUUCUCCAGCGAUUGUUUCCAUUUCAGUCAAUUGGGCCACGCCGCUGUGGCCAAUGCUCUGUGGAAUAAUAUGCUACAGAUGCCAGGGCAGAAAGAUGAACAGAUUCGAGAGCCCUUUCAGUGGUUCGAAUGUCCCAGUGUACAGCGUCCAUAUAUUGCAACAUUAAGAAAUAGUAUUUCGGGAUAUUUUUAA